AACCCUCCAACGGCCCUAAGAAACGCUUAACCAUUCAUCCCUUGUUAUAUAAAUGAAGAAGCCCACAUUUUUUCUUUGUCUUUCCUGAUUGAGGGUUUUGCAAUUUCCAUUUUCAGGUUUUCGCUUCUGAAUCGCCGCCAUGGGAAGAAGACCGGCAAGAUGCUACCGUCAGAUUAAGAACAAGCCGUACCCGAAAUCUAGGUAUUGUCGUGGUGUACCCGAUCCAAAAAUUAGGAUUUAUGAUGUGGGGAUGAAGAAAAAAGGUGUGGAUGAAUUCCCAUUUUGUGUACACCUUGUGAGUUGGGAGAAGGAAAAUGUAUCAAGUGAGGCUUUGGAAGCUGCCCGCAUUGCGUGCAACAAGUACAUGGCUAAGUUUGCUGGGAAGGAUGCUUUUCAUCUAAGGGUUAGGGUGCAUCCAUUCCAUGUGCUUCGUAUUAACAAGAUGCUUUCGUGUGCCGGGGCUGAUAGGCUCCAGACUGGUAUGAGGGGUGCUUUCGGUAAGCCUCAGGGGACAUGUGCUCGUGUUGCCAUUGGUCAGGUGCUUCUCUCUGUGAGGUGCAAGGACAGUAACAGCCAUCAUGCUCAGGAGGCUCUUCGACGUGCCAAGUUCAAGUUCCCUGGUCGUCAAAAGAUUAUCGUCAGUAGGAAGUGGGGAUUCACCAAACACAACCGUGCUGAUUAUCUGAAGUACAAGUCUGAGGGGCGUAUAGUACCUGAUGGAGUCAAUGCAAAGCUUCUUGGAUGCCAUGGACCUCUAUCUAACCGUCAACCUGGAAGAGCUUUCUUAACAUCCGCCACAGCUUCUGCAUGAGAUAUACGAGCUUAGUUACUUAUUUAGCCUUGAGCUGUGAUCAAUUGAAAAUUGAACCCUUUUUGGAUGUAGUUUCAACUUCAUGUCAUUUUUGGAGACUAUUGUUGUCACCUCAUGUUUUGUUUCAUAUUUUGUUGCCUACCUUUGAA